AGUGAUGGAAAAUGCUGUUUUGUUUGCAUAAAAGUGUGCAGAUUUGUGAAUGAUGCUUAUGAAUGGCAGUUGGAAAAAAGUGUAUUUAGCAUUAGUGUGGUACUUCUCAGAGGAUAUAGUGGUUAGAAACAAGGCCCUAGGACCCCAAACAACAAGGUGCAUGUCUGUGUUAAAAAACUCCAGCUGUUACCCUUCUCUUUUGUGCAUAUGUUUUUAGGUGAGAUUUGCCCUCUCCCCAAUUCGGCAUCAGCUGGGGCAGCAUGUUCCUGUGGUGUCUGAUGCAGCUGGGCCAACACGCAGUCACCUGGCAUCAGGGAUGCAUCUGCUCCAAGUCACUGCAUACCCUCCAUUCUGGCAAGACCCUCAUCAGAGAAUACCCUUUUAAAUUCUUAUCUUGGGAAAAGACUGUUCAGCUUUCAGCAUAGUAAACACAUCUAUAUAUUUGCCUGGAGCCAAAGAAAAUUGCAAUUAAUACACCAAUAAGAUGUUUAUCAGGGGGCUGGUAUCAUCAGCUAGCAGACCUCGUGAAGACAGUUGGUUAAAAUCGCUAUUUGUUCGCAAAGUUGAUCCAAGGAAAGAUGCUCACUCCAACCUUCUAGCCAAAAGGGAGACCAGCAGUCUGUAUAAACUACAGAUUCACAAUGUAAAACCAGAAUGUCUAGAUGCCUACAACAAGCUUUGUCAAGAGGUGCUGCCAAAGAUUCAUGAAGAAAAACACUACCCAUGUGCACUGGUGGGGACUUGGAACACGUGGUACGGAGAGCAAGAUCAGGCUGUUCAUCUCUGGAGGUAUGAGGGAGGCUAUCCAGCUCUCAAUGAGGUCAUGAGUAAACUCCGACAAAAUAAGGAAUUCACAGAGUUUCGCAAAGAAAGAGGUAACAUGCUUCUCUCUCGGAAGAACCAAUUAUUGUUGGAGUUUAGUUUCUGGAAUGAACCUGUUCCCAGGGCGGGGCCCAACAUUUAUGAACUAAGAUCCUAUCAACUUCGACCUGGAACAAUGAUUGAGUGGGGAAAUUACUGGGCUCGGGCAAUUCGUUUUCGUCAGGAUAGUAAUGAAGCAGUUGGAGGAUUCUUCUCACAGAUUGGACAGCUCUACAUGGUUCAUCACCUUUGGGCUUACAAAGAUCUUCAAACCAGAGAAGAUAUAAGAAAUGCUGCAUGGCAUAAACCUGGCUGGGAUGAACUAGUCUAUUACACAGUGCCCCUUAUUCAGGAAAUGGAGUCCAGAAUCAUGAUACCAUUGAAGAUUUCUCCGCUUCAGUAACAUCAUUGAUUUACUUGUGCCUACAUAGAUUAAAGUUACAAGUAUUUGUCUUAAAUUAAUUUAUGGUAUACAUUGUAUAUCAUAGUCGGAAAUAUAAAAGUACUGUACUGAGCUUAUAAAAGAGACCUCUUUUCUUCAGAAUCUAAUGACUUUUUUGUUCUUAGGAAAGAAAUGUAGGACUACAGUUUAAAAGUUUCAUAACUAUAAACAAGUUCAAAGACAUAUAUAAGUUCCUUUGUGAGACAGGCUCCUCAGGUUAAAUGUGACAUACAGUGCUUUGUGUCUUGUGAUUUUAAGUGCCCGCUACUCAGUAACAGCAAAGGAAGAAACAUUGCAGUGGCUCUGAUCUUCGUGCAACAUUACAGUAACUGUAGAUUUAAAAGACAGGGGAUUUGUGAAAAUAGGACCGCUGAAGCCCCGAGCCAGCUGCAAUGUCUCUGUAAUUCCAAAAUACACCCAGCUGUUUUGUGGGACUGAAAUCCGUAAGAAGCUCUAAACUUGAAAGCAGGCAGUUAUUAAUGAAGGAUGAUCUGCCAGUCAGGUGAUAGAUUAUGGGCAGAGACCAGUGCAUUCCUUUUUGCAAGGACUCUGAAGCCUUUUGAAAGUAACCAAACAUUUGCCUAGAUGUCUACAUCCAAAAUUAAUUUUGUCUAAUUAUAUACAGACUAUGGAAGUACGACUCACAGUGUACAAAGUGCUUGUCAACAAGUGGUUGUCUGAAUAUUCUCCAGGCAUUUGAGUUCAGUUAAAUACAUGUAUUCCAAAAAAAAAAAAAUACAGCAUAGAAGUCUAAGAAAAGGGGUUUUAUUUCAUAAGCAAUCAUGCCUUCAGACAUAUGCUUGGUCAGGUGUUCCACUAACUAUACGGUAGGUACUUAUGAAUUGCUGUGUGAACCCAGCGCAUGUUGAGUCAGUAGAAUUGGCAUAAAGCAGUGUACCAUUAUGUCCAGUUCUAUUUUGAUUUCACUUUUAGACUAGAGUAUAUCAGCACUUUUAGUGUCUGCAAUGAUGUGAACAUCCUGUAAGUGAAAGUAAUAGUC